AACAAAAUAAACGAUUCUAUUAUGGACUCUAAAAUUUAUUACUAAGAUAUUUUCAUGCAACGAUUUGCAUGUAAACUAUUUUGUAUAAGACUUUAUUGGCAUGUUUUAACUAUAUGUAAUAUAAUUUUAUUAACCAUACUAUUUUUUGUACAAAAACUGUCAAGAAGAAUCAGACAGAAUCUUAACCUGCAUUCAAGCUGUCAAAAUUUUAAAACUAAGUUUAUAAAUUAGUUAUUUGCCGCCAAUAUUAUUAUUAAAAUGAAUAAAUUGAAAAUAAAAACAAAAAUACUACAUUAAAUUGAACCAAUAUUUUUUUAUGUUUAAUAUGGAUGAAACAAAACUUCAAAAACGCAAAAGAAAAGCUCAAAAUGAAGGCAACAAUAGGCUCCUGGUUUCAACUUGUGCAGAUCUCUCAGAUAUUUACAUGAAGAGUGGCCGAUUUCAACAGGCUAUUGAAGAAUUUGAGACCCUUGCAGAGAUCUACAAAUUAGAACACAAUCAGAUUGAGUAUGGCAAAGCGAACAGAGGUAUAGGGGAAGCAUAUUUGGGGCUCCAUAAUUUUAAAAAAGCUUUAGAACAUCAGAAAAUAUAUCUCAAUAAAGCAGUGUCUGAAAAAAAUAAUGCUGAGAUCCAGAGGGCAUACGCUACUAUUGGUCAUAUUUAUCUAACUACAUAUUUAGAGACUCAAACAGAUGCUGAUCAAAAUUUGAACAAUGCUUACAAAUAUUUUAUGAAAAGUAUGAAAGUUUGUGAAAGUUUGACUACCAUAAACAAAUUGGAAAAGGCUGAUAUGAAAGCAAGGUUAUUUUCAAAUCUCGGCUUGGUCAAAGAGAGUUUAGGCGAUUAUAAUAAGGCAAUUGAGUUACUUACAACAUCUAUCAACAUCUGUAAGACUGACGAUAUCUAUGAACAACUAAGUAGGGGUUACAUGUCGUUAGCUGCUUUGUAUGAUAAGAAAGGAGAAACAAGUAAAACUAUGCAUCAUUACAAUUUAGCGAUAGAAGCUGCAAUUGCAACUAUGUGUUAUGCUGAAGAUAAACUUGUGGUAGAGACCAAUGACAACAGAGAUUUGCAAAAACUCUAUGAAACGAUGGGCGACAGCGCGUGCAUCGUUAAAAACUUUUCAAAAGCUAUCGAAUACUAUAAAUUAAUGUUGAGUUACGCUGAAAAAAGUGGUGUGAGUGGAAAGAGUUGGCGACUUACUACAAUUCCUUGGCGCAAACUUACGAAGAUAACAAAAUGUUUAAAGAGGCUGUACAAUACUUCGAAAAAGAGUUCGAGUUAAGAGAUAAUAUUAAGGACGCGCUAGAUGCUAUGAGUAAAAUAGCAGAUAAUAAAGAGUCUGCAGAGGAGUCUAUGGGUGAAGUUGUUGAGGUUUAUAACAAGGCAAUAAAGUAUUGUCAAGAAAAAAAUAAUUUGAAAGAGGAACGAAGAAUGAUUGCAAGGUGUAUCAAAUAUUUACAACGCAUUGGAAUGACCUCUGAAGUCUGUAGAUACCAACAAAAACUAAACGCCUUAAAGAUUCCUGACAAGGACGAUGAUAGUUCUUCAUCUGAGUGUGAAAGUCAUGACUCCAGCGUAAUGGAUGAUAAAGAAAAUUGUGUUAACCUGGACGAUAUUACAGAUUCAGACGAUUCGGAAGAAGAAGAACAACCAAUAAACCCGUCCGUAGCAGUGGUAGGCAAAAGACGAUCAAAAAAUUUUGCCGUCAAGAAAAACGCCAAAGGGGAAUCCCAACUGCACGUCGCUUGCAUCAACGGAAAGAUUCCAGUCGUCAAGCAUCUUCUAGACCAAGGACAUCCCGUGAAUCUUAGAGACAACACCGGUUGGCUGCCACUACACGAAGCUUGCAAUCACGGUUUCUACGAAAUCGUCAAACUUCUAUUGGACAAAGGAGCCUCGAUCAAUGACAGGGGAGGAGUGAAAUGUGAAGGCAUUACUCCCAUCUUUGACGCCGCCAACAACGGCCAUUUAAGAAUAGUCCAACUGCUUUUGGACCGAGGAGCGUCACUAACUAUCAAGUCGGACAAUGGAGACACGCCUUUAAACGUUUUGAAAGUGUGGCACCAGAGGUAUCCUUUCGUAGGCGAAGACUACGAGCUGUACAAAACAGUUGUGGCCAAAAUGACGGAAGCCCUAAAAAAGGUCGGAGAGAACGUGUCAUCAAAUGUAGUUGUGCACGAGCCAGUCAGCGGUGAAUCUGAAGAGGUUGUUUUUUCGGAGAAAUCUGAUGAUGAGAUCGAAUCAGAUCGUGAUUCGGAUAGUAGCUCAACUAACAGCCCUUUGAGACAAUCUUCUGGUCCAAAUCUUCUAAAUGAAUACCAAGAAAUUAUGAAACAUUUGGGAAAGAAGUCAUCUACCACCAAAACAAUGGAGAUUAAUUCAAACGUUAGAAGAAGUCAGCUUUAUUAAGGGAAAAAGACGUCUCCUUUGAUGACUGGUUGGAAGAUGAUUUUCAGCUGGCGAAGGCUACCAAGAAACAAAAGACUAGUUUAACGGAAGCUGUGGUUACGUCUUCUACUAGGAAGCGGAGUUCAGAUUCACCGAGAAAUAAUUCACCCAGGAAAAGGUCGAGUGACGAGAACCGUCAAAUCAGUGACAUCAUCACCAUGAGCUCGUCAUCGCCCAGUCCCACAAGAAGAAUAUUCACACCUACCAAUAUCCAGAAAAAUAGUGCCAAAAGAAAAAUCCAGACAUCAUUAAUAGAUUCCGGUAUCAGUAAAACUAUCAACAGUGUUAAACACAAACCACCUCAGACAUUGCAAAGACACCGUAGCCUGGAAAAUAUAAAACAGUCUAAAAUCACCACUUUCGGAAGCAGUAAGAGCUCCAUGGAACCAGAUUCCACCAUGUCAUCUCCGAAUAAGUUGACAUAUACUCAAAUUCCAGUCGUUCAAGAUGUUACACCGAAUGUUCCAGUCGCUCAUGCCAUUUCUACCGGAGACUUGAUGGUUUUUGUGGACGUUAAAGUAGAGGGCAAAGUUUUUCGAGUACCUGUAUUAUUGGCACAAGUACAGACCAAUACUAUUGGAUGGUUAGCCGAACAGGCAGCCCUAAAGUACGCAAGGAAAGAAUGUUCAAAACCUCAGUUAGAACUCGAAACGACGACUGGUGCAUUGCUGUCAGAUGAAGACCCCUUAAGCUUGUUAUUUCCGCUAGGUACGACCCAAGCUGAACCAGUCGUUGGAAAAAUUGUUAAACUUUUCGAGACGCCCUGGUUGGUAAAUAUAGAGAGGCCUGUUCGCACAUGAAAGAAGCUGCGGAUGACAAGCUUACGAGAAUACUCGAGGAGUUUUCUGUAAAUCUAAACUUACAAAAUUUGGGCUUCAUGAGCAACACUUUAUCGCCUCUGUGCAAAGCAUUGAACCAUCAAACGACGCUAUUAGACCUAAACUUAUCAGGAAACUUCCUCGAUAUCCACUGCAUGGUCGUUCUAUGCUCAAGUCUUCCAUCUCUAGUCAAUCUCACCUCUUUAAACUUGAAAUGUACCGGUUUGAGCAGUUCUCAUCUAACGGAAAUGGUGAAUAUGUUUUCUUUUGCUUCGAACAGAAUAUUAGAGAAAUUGAAACGUCUAGAUUUAAGUCACAACUACUUGAGGAACAAAAGUGGUGAGCAUUUGGUGGAGAUACUGAGGCAUUUAAAAUUGGAGCAUUUGAAUUUAGCAAACGUGGGGUUUAGCAGCGGUAUUUUUCAAGAUUUGCACAGUCGGAACUUGAAACUAAAUCUCCAGGAUGUGAAAUAUUUGAAUAUAAGCGAUAAUCAGUUAAGUAGUCGAGAUGUGGAAAAUAUUAUUUCUUGGACUGUUGAAAAUAACUUGAUUGAUUUAAAUUUGUCGAGGAAUACUCUCAAAAAUACCACUUUGGGACAUUAUAGUGAGGAUUAUGAUAGAGACAACAAAUUCAAUUCAUUGCACUCCUUGAAUUUGUCUAGAUGUCAACUCACUGAUAAUGAUCUGUACCACAUACUUAGGUUAUGUUCCAGUAAGUCAAUUAUGAAUAUAGACGUUUCUUAUAACAUUGACCUGACUGCAGUAACCUUGCGACGUAUUCUGGAACUACCCAUUUUAGAAGAAAUCAACCUUAUAGGUUGUGAUAAUAUUUUGAAAUACUUCUCCGAAUUCUACGAAGAAGUUACAGAGAGUUGUAGGAGGAAAUGCGUUAAACUGACUAUAGAUUUUAAUUUGUACGCUAGAGAAAUUGAUAGUUUAAUCGAAAAUUUUAAGAAAUUGUAUACCGAACCAGUGAUUGAUAAAGGCGAAAGAUUGCUAAUAAUACACUCUAAAGAGUGGGAAAAGUGAUAUUAUUUUUUAAAUAUAUUUUGUUAUAAAAGAUUAUAUAUUAAGACUAUUUUUAUACAUAAUAAAAAAAA